CAGGCAUGGUCACCUGGUUGGGCAAAAGCGAGCCGAGCUUGGGCCUUUAGGGGAAUGGACGCGAGGCCGGCAAACCUGCUGCUUACCUUUGCCCAGGAGAUGAGGUCAUGUUCAUGUGACGGGAAUUAGGCACCUGGAGGAGAGAUGCCCAUUUUGGAGUGGGGAAGUGACAAGGAGAAAUUACACGAGGCAGGCACACGGCCCCUCCCUGGACAGUCCUGGGCAGGCUCACAUGCUUCCCCCCGCCCCCCAUGUCCCCACGGCCGCCCUCACCUGAGCAUGUGGAAUGCAAACAGUCUCGCCAUUUGCCUCCUCUCCCUGCCAGCCUGCUCACAUCGCCACCAGUGUGCAGCCCACGAGCCAUGGUGCACGUGACGUGACAGUUCGGGGCACAUGCACCAGUAACUCUCGUGCCAGGUCACCAGAUGGAAAGCGAAAAAGAAAGAACGGCCAAUGUUCCCUGAAAACCAGCAUGUCAGGGUAUAUCCCUAGUUACCUGGACAAAGACGAGCAGUGUGUCGUGUGUGGGGACAAGGCAACCGGUUAUCACUACCGCUGCAUCACUUGUGAGGGCUGCAAGGGCUUCUUUCGCCGCACAAUCCAGAAGAACCUCCAUCCCACCUACUCCUGCAAGUAUGACAGCUGCUGUGUCAUCGAUAAGAUCACCCGCAACCAGUGCCAGCUGUGCCGCUUUAAGAAGUGCAUCGCCGUGGGCAUGGCCAUGGACUUGGUUCUAGAUGACUCGAAGCGGGUGGCCAAGCGCAAGCUGAUUGAGCAGAACCGGGAGCGGCGGCGGAAGGAGGAGAUGAUCCGAUCACUGCAGCAGCGACCAGAGCCCACUCCGGAAGAGUGGGAUCUGAUCCAUGUUGCCACGGAGGCCCACCGCAGCACAAAUGCCCAGGGCAGCCACUGGAAGCAGAGGCGAAAAUUCCUGCCGGACGACAUUGGCCAGUCACCCAUCGUCUCCAUGCCGGACGGAGACAAGGUGGACCUAGAGGCCUUCAGCGAGUUUACCAAGAUCAUCACCCCGGCCAUCACCCGUGUGGUGGACUUUGCCAAAAAACUGCCCAUGUUCUCCGAGCUGCCUUGCGAAGACCAGAUCAUCCUCCUGAAGGGGUGCUGCAUGGAGAUCAUGUCCCUGCGGGCUGCCGUCCGCUAUGACCCCGAGAGCGACACCCUGACGCUGAGCGGGGAGAUGGCUGUCAAGCGGGAGCAGCUCAAGAAUGGCGGCCUGGGCGUCGUCUCCGACGCCAUCUUUGAAUUGGGCAAGUCACUCUCUGCCUUUAACCUGGACGACACGGAAGUGGCUCUGCUGCAGGCCGUGCUGCUGAUGUCAACAGACCGCUCGGGCCUGCUGUGUGUGGACAAGAUCGAGAAGAGUCAGGAGGCGUACCUGCUGGCGUUCGAGCACUACGUCAACCACCGCAAACACAACAUUCCGCACUUCUGGCCCAAGCUGCUGAUGAAGGAGAGAGAAGUGCAGAGUUCGAUUCUGUACAAGGGGGCAGCGGCAGAAGGCCGGCCGGGCGGGUCACUGGGCGUCCACCCGGAAGGACAGCAGCUUCUCGGAAUGCAUGUUGUUCAGGGUCCGCAGGUCCGGCAGCUUGAGCAGCAGCUUGGUGAAGCGGGAAGUCUCCGAGGGCCGGUUCUUCAGCACCAGAGCCCGAAGAGCCCGCAGCAGCGUCUCCUGGAGCUGCUCCACCGAAGCGGAAUUCUCCGUGCCCGAGCGGUCUGUGGGGAAGACGACAGCAGUGAGACGAGCUCCCUGAGCUCCUCUGACGAGGACCCCGAGGUCUGCCAGGAGCCCCCCGAGGCCUGCCAGGAGCCCCCCGAGGUCUGCCAGGAGCCCCCCAAGGUCUGCCAGGAGGAUGCAGCGGGCAAUGCAGCCUCUCCCUGAAGCCCCUCAGAGGGCCCAGGGGAAGGAGGAGGAGGGAAGCACAAGUCCUCCCCCCAGAGCAGGAGGUGCCCGAGAGCUGGGAGCAUGGGCUCAGCAGGGCUGGGCACCUCCCAGCCCACAAGGCCGCUCUCCUUCCCUAAACAGGCCAAACCUACCCAGGCUCCCUUGCUUUUUGCUCGGUAGUUCCCUCUGCUUGAAUGCCACCCCCACCCCCACCCCUGCCUGGCAAUAGCUCACUUGUCCUUUGAGGCCCCACUCCAGUGUCACCUCCUUCCCCAGCUCCCCAGGCAGAAAUAGUUGUGCGUGCUUCCUAAGCCCUUGGUUCAUGCUUCUACUGUGACACUUAUUUCACUGUUUUAUAAUUAGUCGGGCAUGAGUCUGUCUCCCAAGCUAGACUGUGUCUGAAUCAUGUCUGUAUCGCCAGUGCCCGGUGCAGGGCCUGGCAUAGAGUAGGUACUCCAUAAAAGGUGUGUUCAAUUGAA